GUGGGGCGUGGAGCAGUGGCGCAGGAUUCAGGCUAAGCUACCGGAACAGGGCGCCUGUGGGCGCCCUGCCCGGUAGCUGGUGCCCAGCGACGGAUUUGGAGUGCAAGCAGCGCAUGGAAGUUGGGUCACGCGGUGGAAGGUUGCGUAGUUGAGGUGGAGAGGCGAGUUUGGAGGGAGUGAGCGCAGGACUGAUGUAGCAAGCUGGAAGGGUCGAGCGUUUCUGUAGAUGGCUGGUGCGCAUGCACGCACAGUUCCGUCGAGUUCCGUUCUCCGGUCGGGCAAUGCCCUGCUGGGCAAUGAAGGUGGGAACGGGUUCGCUCAGCCGACGCUAUCGUCGCUAGCAGCGAGGCGGUCUCAAUUUGGAGGCGCCAACAUGCUGGCAGGAUACACGAACAAUCCCCUGAUCAACGGGGUGACAAAUGCAGGACUCGCAGGUAUUGCGCCGAGUUUGGGCGGGACAGGCAACCCAGGCUCGGGCGUGGGUGGCACGACCUUGAUCACGGGGUCGAGUGGGGACUUCAGCGGGGUGCAGAGGAACACAGGUGGUGCGUCGGAAGGGCUCGCACUGUCUGGGCUGGUGGGGAUGGGGUUGCCCGCAUCACCGGUGUCGAUGUCAUCUGCGAUGGCGAACCAGCAAGUGAGCUCUGGGCUGUCCCGACUGGAGCAGCAGGAUGUGCUGCUCCAGCAGCAGGUGCGUUCAGCCACACCUCCGCUGUCCGCGACAUCGCCGCUGGCACAGUUGGCGCAACAAGCGCAAGGGUUGCAUGCAGAGAGGGGUCCGCAAGGGUCUCAGCAGUUGGGAGGUGGGCAGCAGAGUUCCGGGUUCGCAAGUCAGACGGCAGGGAGUGGGUCACAUGGAAUGGGUGGUGGUGGAAGCCACCAGUCGUUGGUGUUAGGGGGCGGGGCACAACAGGCGAACGGUGUAGGGUACGGGAGCAACGUGCAACACGGGAAAGCGAUCGGGGCGAGUGCACUGCAAGGGCUGGUGUCCGCGAAGGAGGAGCCUCAAAGUGUGGGUCAUCCUAUGAAGGUGCAGGCGGCGGAGCUUUUGACGCCGAAGAUGGAGAUGAAAGCGGAAACAGAGCUGGAUCAGAAGGUAGUUCAGCAGGCAAUGCAACAGUCAAGGUCCGGUAGCAAUGUGGGUGUGACAGCCGAGAUGCAGCUGCAAGAAGCACUGCAGAGGCAGCAGUCAAAGCAGUUACAAGCUCAGUUGAGCGCUAUGCAGCAGCAGCGGUUGCUACAGGGUGUUCCGCAGCAGCAUUUGCACGAUGUGACGAGUCUGCAAGCACAGCAACAGCAGCAUUUGCAGCAGUUGCAGCAUCAGCAACAGCUUCAGCUUUUGCAGCAGCAAGCGAACGCGUUGCAGUCUGCAGGUGGGUCCGUGAGCACUUGGUGGUUGAGCGGAGUUUUGGAUGGUUGCGGGGAUUGAGACGGGGGUGCGACG